GACGACAAUACCGUGUUGCUAGUUACUACCUACAUUAUAGAGGCAAGUUAUAAUUGCCCGAACUGUUCCCGAGCAGCACCCAAGCAUCGAUGUCGUUGUUCAAGAGACGUGCAAUCAACAAGUGAAAUCAUCCCGUCGUCAAUUCCCGUCUCCACUCCAGCUACACCAGAGUCUACUAUGUACAGUAGUAGUAGUGUAAGCCCCUCAGGCCCCCUUCGGCUCCAGGUACGGCGGAGACGGGGAAUUGCUGUCCAGGCCAGCCCGUCUCAGCCCGUGUCUGUCAACGUCGUCUACGGCAAAACUCAAAAUCUGUUACAUGCCAUGCCUCGCCGUUCCAUGCCCAGACUCGGUUCAGACAAGGCAGACUAGAGGAAGUGAUAUGUUAAGUUGACGACGACGAUGAGAGGGGAGGAGAUGGAUAGGUGUUCGGCCAGGCAAAGAGGGGUAUGUGUUCAACGCUUCCAGUAUUCAAUACGUCUCUCUCGAUGCGAGCCCAAGGGGGGCUGGACUUUCUUCCUAGGUGGUAUUGAAGGCUCCUGACGUGAUGAUCUCAAGAGUAGCAAGUCUCAAACAACAACUCUUACUGUGUAGUUUGUCUCUGUUUAGCUCUUGGCCUCCGACGCAACAAGCCCUCUUCGGUUUAACUCCGUCAGCAGAGCGAGGAGUUGAUGUCCCAUCCCACGAGAUUGCACACGCGGUAGUGGCCUCGGCUUCUUCCAGCGUGAACAGGGGAGUUAGUGUUGGUACGAGUGUUUUGGUGGGGUUAUGGCUCGCUUUUCCUUCCUUUGUAAGAGACAAUCACGGUCUUGAUUCCCGUUACGGCUCCGGCCACAUCUCCUCGAAACCAACUAACAACCGAACUACACUAGAGUCAGCUAAACUAGAGUGUCGCCCGAACUCGCUGUGAUAUCGGCAGGACGAAUUCAGAGGAAAAAAAAAACCCUCUUUGUC